AUGGUUUGUCAUUAAUUGUUCCGAACUCCCUUUAGCCGCAAAGCAUAAAGUCGGCCUCCAAUGCCGAUGGCGCGUCCAUCUGCUCGAAGCGCUCAAAAUGUAGCACAUACAGAAAAUUGAAUGAUUGUUCCAGAGUGGAUGAGAAUCUGUUUGGAGAACCGGAAAAGUUAAAAAUGCUACUGGUAACAUCAUUAAACGUAUAAUCGCACAAAUGCAAAGAAAAGCGAUCAUUACCCGCGAGUUGAUGGCCGGGGUGAAGAUGUGCAAAUCAACGUCUAUCGUCACGGGGGAUUACUGGGUUGUCCGCCAAAAUUCGUGCACGGAAAACCAGAGAAACUAAAGGUUUACGCCAACGACUUUGUACGAGAGCUUGUGUAUGAAUUCGGAUUUAUUGCAUACUGAUUUGAAUAUUUAGUGUCCCUGGGGAUAACAUCAAGGAAAAAACGAUUUUGCUCCCUUCCGGAGAGUUUAAAAGGAUAAAGGACAAAGCAAAGUUUCUCACGCCCGAACAAAUAAAAGAAGCCGAAAAAGAGGAAAAAGCCCUAAAAGAAAAGCAAAUGGUUAGAUUAUUCGUUUAUGGUCAUGCUUUCAUACCCUGUCUAUUUGAAACUUUUUUAGAAGACAGAAUCAUUUUAGCAGUUUAGCACAUCUAUUUUUGAGAAAUGGUAUAAACACGUGUUCAUUCGGAGACAUUUCAUGCCUUUUACUCAGUGGUCAUUUAUAGGAAGAGCAUGAUAAGGGUAAAAUGGUUCUAAAAUAUAACAAAGUAGUCAGAUGAAAGUGAGUAGUAUUUGUUGUAGGACUCGACGGCUUAUGAACUCCGGAAAAACAUUUGAAUGCUUAACAAAAACUUAAAGGUGGGAUUAAUGACAGGGUAGCCGACAGACGGGAAGGGCUGAUAAUUAGAAGGCUUAAAAGUUUAAAAACAAAAAUGGGAGACAUCGCAGCCAAAAAAUUGAAUUCGGGAUAACGAUGUUAGAUGGAGAGGUGGAAAUAGAUUAACAGAUAAUGCAUAGAAGGUAAAUAUACCGCAACAAGAAACACCACAACCAGCAAGCCUAAUAAUUUUUUUCUGAAAAUGACACCAUAAAAGUGUAUAGUCGUUCGCACUAUUGCAGCAAUACUGAGACUAAAGUUAUUUUUAAAGAUGCUCCGUCAAACGCCGCCCAGUUUCUAAAGUAUGCAUGUUACGCAAAUGAGAAAUAUGUUGAGUGAGAGCGCCUUUUAUUUCUUUUACAAAUCUAUAGUUAAGUGAAAUUCCAACUGCCAUGGGAAUUUGAAGAGGACGCCAUAAUAUUAACAUAGUUGAUGUAAACAUUGGCAGCAAAACGCGCCACACUUUAAAGUCUAUCUGAACUCUUUGAAAACAGAAGUGGGUAUAUAUUUCACUUCCUCGUACUGUUAUCGAAAACGCAAAUGCCAGGUGCACACCAAAGGCCAUCGUCAACUUCUUGUGCUUUUGUUCAUUCACGACAUGCGCACAAGUACCUAUGAUGUCACAUCUACAGAGCUGGCCAGAAUUGGACCUAGCUUUUGGUUGGAUCACUUAGUACUCUUCGAAAAUAUACUUAUAUAGAUACGCAAUGUGCGAAUGAACUGUUUGGGCUUACAGCGGAACCUAGGCUCACCGCAAAACUACUCCUUUUAAGUAAGAGUAAUAAUCUAGCUGUCGGUCGAACUUUAAUAGGCGGAUAGAUCAAGACGUUGAACAGUCGAAUUUUUAACUACAUGAUGGCUGAAACGACACCAAUUAACGAAUGAUUAUCGGCACUUGUUUGGUGUUAGUAUCGGUAAGGGAAAAGGGGAAGAUAUUGCGAAGCGUGCGUUGGAGACCGCACUUAUUUUCUGUUCUAUGGUAAGAUUGGACUUACCUAGCCGUGUUUCGAGACUGGGCUUUAACAUAUGAGGGUCCGAAGCAAGUGGGGUGAUCGACAUGCCAAGGUUGGAAGAAAACUAUAAACCUUUUUAAAUAGCUUUUUCAAAACGAUAAUGUGCUUGCUCAUUCAGGCUAUCGCACUCAGGAUUUUUUUAAUCCCCUUCGAAACCAAACACCCCAAUAAUCAGCGGAACUUUGCGAGUUCGUUUGUGCGUUUUAAGAGUACUUGCCGUCGAUGACCACCAAAAUACCGGAACUUUAGGCACUUGUCCAACUCAGACGCGUCAUGGGAAUGCUUCGGAUAUCACAACAAUAAAUAAAUCUCUUACCUUGUAGAAACUGUAGAGAAGCGAACCGGGAGCGGGUCAAAUAGAUAUUAGUAGUAGCAGGCGUUUUCUCAUACUUUGAAGCAUAUCAGUCGAAACUAAAGAAAGUUAGAAAUAUUGAUUUGAUAAGAAUCAUUUUUGUGUGCAAGUUAUGAACGCAUGUUGGACAAAAUAAUUUAGAAAUGACUGCAGCUAGUCGUCUACGUCUGUGCAUUUGCCAACCUGAUACCAUAAAUAGAUUUGUAUAAUAUCUAAUCGAUUUUAUGCGAGCAUUUGUUGUUGGCAGGGAUUGUAAGUUUUAAUGCGUGCUGACAAGACUGAUUGACAGAAUACCAAUAAUUACCCUUACUAGUCUUUGUCUUUGAAAUCUGUUGAAUUUGUCUUUAUAACUGAACAAAGACGACUCCGUGUGGCUAUUCUACCCAAUAAUAAUGUUAUUAAUUUGUCACCCAAGCGGAAACCACUCUUCUUACGCAUCAUUUGUACCUUGAUCGCGUGAUUUUUAAGGGAAGUAUUCAUGUUUUUUGUAAGACGUCAGAAGGCAUUAAGUGCCUGAACUAUAAUUUAGAUGUCUUUACUACUUAUUACCGCUCGUAGAACAGACGUAAGCUGGAUUAGCGAUGCGGCUAAACUCAUCCUCGCAGCCAAGUUGGAGGUCAGGUAAAGUUAGAUUUAAUGUUAGCUCAUCUUAUUCUCAAGAAAACGAAAGUGAACUGAGCGGAUCCUCAUUUAGACGUUUUUCUGGGCCACUCGAACUAACGUCCGUCCCGCAUAUAGCUAUGUUUUAAUAUUCCUUCUUUGAAAUCCACAUUAGUCAUUAUUGUCAUCUCAUUCCUGCCUCACGAAAGUUAUUAAACGUUAAUUGGUUUAUGAAUUAGUAACCUGGCCUGAAAAUCGACAAUUUUGUCAUUUUCAUAGAGAACACAAAAGUGUAAAACUUUUCCGCUUGUUUGGUAUUAUUCCUAUACAUUGUAAUUCCUGGUCUCAGAUGGAAUCUGCUGACAGAAAGUUUGAAAUGAAGAAACUUGAUAUUGCCCGAAGGGUUAACGAACGUCUCAAUGACCUCGAGGAGGAAGCAAAGCAAAAGGCGCAGUACCUACUGACAAAAGCAAUGGAGCAGAGGCAGGAGGAAGAAGAUGAGAUAAAAAUGUUGAAUGAACAGAUAAUGAACGCCAAAAUUCAGGCUAUCCGAGAUGCUCAGGUGCUAGAAAAGAUGCAAAUAGAAAAGGAAAUAAACGAUGAAAAUCAAAGACUGGACAAUAUGAUGGAAAUGGAACGUCAGAAAGGAAUAAAAAUGCAAGAAGAAAUCGAUCGGAGGAAACGAGAAGAAGUGAGUCAUCUGGUACUGUUGACAAAAUCCACUUACAGACUAAGAGCAUUUUGAUUAAACCACUUUCAUAAAUUAAUUUUCGCCUUUUGUUUUUUUUCUACCUGAACGAUCCAGUUAUCCGGAGAAUAGUAUCUGCAUGUGUAGAAAGUAAAUAACUUCAUGGGUGGCAUUCUUAUGUACCUUCGCUACCGGAAAAGGUUUAUCUUUUAGGAAAUGCUUGGUGCGUGUGAAAUUAUGAAACAAAUAAACCAAAACCAGCAAGAUCGUUUGCUUCAACUUGAACGACUAGAACAAGAAAAUGCCGAAGCCAGACGAAAGAUGGCGGCCGAUAUGCUCGAAGAGCUGGAUCGUCGAGCAAAAAAACGUGCAGAACAGGACAGACUACGUGAGGAGCUCAACCGAUCUAAUCAGCAGAUGAUCGAAAUGCGUCUGAAGGAGAAGGAGCAGGAUCGUCUAUUCGACUUGAAAAUCUUAAAGGAACAGCAAGACAAAGCGGUUAGUGCAAUAUCCAAACAAAUUCUAAGUGAAAUUAUUUGACAGAAGAAAAAUUAUUAAGGUUAUGCAAUAUAUGUAAAGUAGUUUCUCACACCGCAUACGCAGGUACGAUUCCCAGAGUACUCAAGAUUGUUUUCAGAAUGCUAAUAACUGUUAUAUUGAACACCCGUAUUGGCUUUAUUAAUAAAAUGUUGUUGGAGUGACCAUUGGACAGGUAAAACGCGAAACCGAUUUGUCAGAAGAGUAAUUCGUAUGUAAUUGAAAUUCUCUGAAGUUCACAACGAUUAAAUUCAUAGCACUUAAGCGAAAAGUCCGCCUGGGAUAGCAUAUUUUUCAUUUCCGAAAUGACCGGUGGAAAUGAAAGAGGUGCUCGAAUGUGUAUUCUGUUGCCCCGCUCAAGACCUUAUCCCUGGUUACAAUAACAGUUUUGCUAUCAUAAACGAUGACGUCCACCGCAAUACAUACGUGUUAUGUUGGAAGUGCUUUAACCGAUAGGGUCAGGGGACAUCCUCGUCCCAUCGUACCUUGAGGCUCACAUAGAGUCCUUGCAGACAGUCGGACGGCGACCAGUAAUAUAUGCAGAAGGGUGUCUGAAAGUGUUUUUGCAAGUUUUUGGAGCGAUCGACGAUGCCAUGCCUCUACUUGUAGCGAUUACAACUAGGUCCUUAACUGGCUGCGGAUUUUUCAUUCAACUGUACAUAUAUGUGUCGCACGAUGAAACUUCCAUCAAAUGAACGAAAUUUACCCAAAAUUUCUUCUCAUGAGACGAACUUGGAAUACACAUAAUGAGGAAAGCUUGUGCACAGAAGCUAUCUUGAGUCCUGUCGGCAAGCAGUUACGGCAGCAACAUUAACUCAAAAAUAGUUAAAACGGAAGCCUACUUAACCCCAUUUAAAUCCAAACCUCUACCCACCAAGGUUUUGAAACCUUGAGUUUUCAACAGAGUUUGACUUUGCUAUCGGCAGGAUUGCUAAGGAACAUGAGCCUACCAAGAACUGCCACUGGGUGUCUACAUGGAACUGCUUUUUUAUGCAUUUGCACACUUAUGCAGGCCCGCGAAGCAGCCUAUGAGGCAGAACAGGAACGAAUCCGACUGGAGAAGGAAAUGGAAAUAGCGAGACUGCGGAGCCUGCAAGAGAAAGCCAGCGACGAGGCAGCAGAACGUGACGCCCUUCGAGCUAAACGAGCUCAGGAGGAGGCAGAACGGCAGUUUCGUAGGAAAGAACUAGAGGCCGCAAGGAAACUGGCCGCGGAGAAAGAGGAGAUGAACCGCGAACGACUUACCCAGGCAGAGAACAAGAAACGACUUCUGGCAAUGGAAGUUAGUCGCGAGAGGGCCGAAUUCGAGCGGAUUCUCCGGUAAGGCGUUCGUGGAUGACGAUAUGUGCCUUUCCGCAUGCUGGUCUGUUUUAGGGAAUGGCUUUUGCCUAGCCUGAGUAAAAACCGGAUUUGACCUGUGCGAACGCAGUGUGUACGUGGCGAGUGGCGGACUGGUGGGCUGAGAGUCAGACUGCGGUAGCUCCUUGUUACUGUAACUUUUAUAACCCUCCAGCUCAGUUGGCAUCCGAACCGUCCCCUUCUCCGGUUGUAUGAAAUCCUGGUAUUUCGUGUGUGAACAGAAGAUGCGGUGGCACACACAGGUUCACACCGUGCCCGCCACCUGCGCCCUCAGCCGUCCCGGUCACAUACGCACGAUGAUGACGUUCUUGAAGUCUUGGGGGAUGUGUUCUCGUAGCCGCAUCUCAUAUAACAGCAACAUCAGUUUUUCCAUGAGUCCUGCGUCGCCGUAAUUGUAAAUCUUAUUUGAAAUUGUUUUGGCUUCUGGUGCUUUUCCAGUGAAUAGCCGUCACAUUUCUCGGAUAAUCUCAGGGUGGUAGGGUGGACGGAUGAGACCGACAUUGGUGUUUGUUAUUGGAUGUCGGGUGAUGACUCCGUCGAAGAUUGUGGACGGGUUGCUUAGGACGCCCUGAAAGCGCAUGACUCUGUGCUCCAGAAUUUGCGACUUCCCCAUCAGCAAGGCUGUUCAUGGCGGGUGAGGAGCAGCGCGACACCUUUGGUUCGAAAAUCGCAGAAGACCCUGACGGCCGCGAAGAAAUUUUUCAUCCUUCUGCGGUCAGCAUAUCCUUCGAUUUCUUCAGCUUUUAGAGUCAACCGAUCGUUCUGCAUCUCCCUUGGCCUCUGCUGUACUAGAAUUCGGCAUCGAAAACAUGCCGCCUUGUUAACAUUGCUGCUGUUGAUGGUGUGGGUUGUUUGUAGUCUCUUAUUCUGUUAUGGCAGCCUAAGUCACCGCAGGCCCUAGCCACAACGACCUUCAGUCGGUGUCCCGAAGAGGAUGAGAAGUUUGACGUCAAUAGAGAGAGCAUAGUAUUCUGCACUAAGUGAAUGAAGAAGAGGUUGGAGCAAGUUGAUAUCCAAACGAGGGCACACGUCCGAAUGUCACCGAGGCAGGCGUCAAAGCGCCUCGAGAGCGUGCAUGCCUGAGUCGGCUUCGAAUUUGACUGAUUGGUUUAGGUAGCCGUGAUUGGUCGGGAACCGGACUGUCAACGUUAUGCGUGUGCAAAUGCGCGAGAGAAGUACAGUGUUGUAGGAUAUUUCAGGAUUUCUUCGUUAUUCUCAUAAAACCAGUCCUGGUGCCGUCGAGGUGAGCGACCAAGGGCCUUAAUGGCGGUGGUCUAUAUUAUACCCAGCACCUCCCCCCACCGGGUCUUCCUCUCUCAGCAUUGGCACUCACCUCCAGGGUUUACAAUUGUUCCUGCUUAGAAUUUAUGCAGUCGCUAAAAUUCAAUCAGCGUUCAGCAGUAUCAAACAAUUCAGCAUUUGACUUUCCUGAUGUUGCCUAACUUUGCUGUCGUCUGUGCGGUUUCAAAUGAAGUUCCAUCUUGGAGAUGAUAAGGUGCCAGUCCGCCCUGACUUAUAUACCAUAAAUCGCCUUGCUCGCUUGCACAUCUCACUGGUUGGGCCCCCCUCCCCCAAAAAAACGUGGACAUGGUCCAGCAGAUGCCAAUGACGCGAGCACGUCAGAAUGCGGAAGGUGUUGGCUAGGAGGAAGGCAUUUUCCGUGCAGGUCAACAGGAGGAAAAGUCUAUUGAUGUUGCAGCUGCCUAUCUCGUUAUAACCGAGCACUUUCCUGCAGGUAGCAUCUUCCUUGCUGAGGCUGACCUUGAAUUUACCAAGAUCCGUAACUUGUUUCGUCUUCGGUGCAAUUGCCGCGGAUGUUUGCAGGUCGUCGUAGAAUAUGUUCUCCACAUUUUCAGCCACACAAACCCGCUUUUAUGCAGUUGUCAUGGCUACUAUUUCUGUGGUUGAUUCAUAACUUGCACCUUCACGUCACCGUAAAGCUUUCUGAAGAUUGGCCUGAGCCCCUCGGGGCAUCCGGUUCGCGGUGGUGAGGAUCUUUUUCAAAAUUCUAAGGAAAAUGUGGAAAUAAUCCUUAUUUACUGGAUUUUUAUCCACACUCAACACUUCUUGAAUAGCAUGCCGGUUGUUUCUGGACGACUCUGAAAGCUACGCCGAGUCUCUGGGAGGAUUCCAUGUUUCAGGUAUACAGUCAAUUUGUUCAACUGGGAGAUGAGAACUCCCUUGACUGCUGCAUAGUUGUUGAUUCCUUACUCGGUUGGCGUGGGCAAUGAUAGUCUGCUUGAAAUAUUAUGGAAUCUCACCUUGUUUCCACAUUUGCAGUGGUAAGGUUAUUAUACCUAAAAGUUGGAACCUUCCGUUGGAACUAAGUCGGCGCCCUGGGACUCCCUGUUCUGGUUCUCUACCGUAGGGGUAAUGGAUGCUCAUAUUCAAUAUUUAUUUCUGCCUGGAAAGUGUGUUAACGACCGCCCCACAGACUGGAGAGGAACACUUGAGAACACACCUGAAGGGGUCGGUCGAGCGCCUCAAGAUUGAUUACCCUGACUGCGGGGUGGCUCUGAUUUGGGCAGCGGAGCAGUCGCAGUUGUUACCGUUCUUAGAUUGUCUUGAUGGUUGUGAGGAAACCGUUCACAUUGCCGGAUUCCUUUUGCCCUCCCAGCUAUCCGAUUAUUUUCCAUUUCGGCAUUUGCUGUUUUAAUACUGCAAUCGGCUCGGGGAGAGUGUCUAAUUGUUUGUGCUGGUGCUUUUGUACAUGUUGACCCUGUGAACGUGUUUCAUCCUAAAGAAUAUGUGCUGGAUAUCUGCAUCACUGUAGUCAAACAAGUCCCAUUGUGACCCAAGAAAAUUAGUGGCAGUGCUGUGGGUAGCGCGUUCAGUCUGCUUCACGCGUUUACAGCAUUUGCACUCUCCAGAGCUUGCAUAUACCCGAGGUUGGCGUUUCUGCGGGCAAGAUUUCCCCUGAGCACGGAGGAGCCCAGUACUAUGAUGUUCGCCUUCCCCGACGUCUUCCCCUGAAGUCGUCUUUGGUAUUGGAUUCGUAACCUCGUCUUUGAGGUUAUUGGACGAUAGCUGGUCGUGCAUUUGAAACCGCACGUUGCCUUUGUUACAAGAACUUCACAACGGUCUCCUGCUGACAAGCAUUAGUCAGGUAGCUCCUAGUGCCCUAGACGAGAGUGCAUCGAAAUGGUCUUUUUGUCGUCAGGAGGGCAAAAGGCGACGCUGGUGAUGAACAAUCGUGUUCUACGUUGCUCUUGAGAUGCAGAGGUAGACUGCAGCCCCGAUUUAGUGACGAACAAGCGCUCCCUCCCAGAUUGUGCGACUCAUGCAUUAUAAUUACCAAGCACAAGCAGUCUGUUCGUUUUGGACACACAUACGAGGAAAGAAUUCGUAUCGCCGUAGAACUUGUCCCUUUCAUAGGGUAGACUCCGAUAGUCGUGGCGAAUUCCCUGCUAAGGUGCGGAAGCUGCAUUGUAAUGUGCCAGUCAUUGAGUCGAUGAGGGACAGGGGAAAUUUUUCUUUUAAUGUCAUUUCGUAUCAUACUAGAAACCCCGACAUACUCUGGGGCUUCUUUUAGACAGUCGCCCAGGAGAGAUUGUGACCUGCCCUAUUUAGUUCACUUUUCUUGCUCUGGAAAACGGGUCUCGACGUAUGCGACUGUGCCUUUACUAUAGCUGGGGAAUUUGCGAUUGAUCAACACAGUUCGUCCCUUUGAUCAGUUAACCACUGGGUUACCUAAAGAUGGUUAAAAACUCCAGGCCGUCGAAGUGACCGAUUUCGUUCUGACGAGAAUGAGGAGGUGAAUGAAACAAGUAUUAUGUCUUGUUUCGACAGCGAUUUUCACGUCCAGAGGCAUUGUUAAAAAUGCAGUUUGCACCUACCAAGCUUAAAUAAACAAUAAGAUCUCUUUCUUGUGAUUAACUGACUCUGGUGUUUCGUAUUCUAUUUAUUAAACAUAUUUUUGAAUUAACCUUUUUACACAGCUUUGUAAUGAGAAUGACCUUUAUAUCGCACCUCCGUUUUGCUGUUAAAAGGGCUCAAAAAGAGAUGAUCAAAAAGGAUAAAAGAGAAGCCGAAUUAAGAAAACAAAAUCAAAUUAACUUCUGUAACGAAAUCAAACGUCAGAUCUGUGAGAUGGAACAGGAGCGGAUUGCCGAACGGAAUGCAUUCUUUGAAGAGGGUGUUCGAAUGGAAGAAGAAGCACGCUUGCGUCGUCUAAGACUGGAAGAUGCGAAGAAUAGGAAGAUGAACGAACUUAGGUUAGUUUUGUAUACUUGUUUAAAGUUUUGUUUUUGGUGCAUAGAGUCUGAUUUCCCAACAAAACCUUCCCUGUAGCUUUGCUACUGCCUAGCAAACAAAAGUGUCUUCGUCGUUUAUAGGCUUUUCAAAUUUGAAAUGGACAACUAUUGUUUAAGAUUGAGCUGGAUAGGUGGUUGAUGGUGCCUAAACCACUAUUCGACUCGAUUCUAUUCCAUCUCUCGAUCUUCACUAUCGUUGUGUAUACUCAAAGGCCCGCAGUGCAAGCUUUCUGAUCCGGAAUCUUUGCAGUUUAUUCUGUUAUAAGAAACGCUGCAUUCCGCUCAAGGAGGCUGGAAGUUGGACGAUUUGGUUACAAGGGGCCACCACCACCACCACCACCACCACCACCACAAAAGUCAAUGAUCCGCCAUUUUAUUGGUGCAAGCUUGAUAACCCGUCAGUCAGUGUGUGUGAAUUUGGCUUUUCAACGAAAGCAGUCUUACGCGAGCGCCCACGUUCAAUUUGAAGUCGCAGGUAUUGCAGAGGCCCGCAGAUCUGGCUUUCCAUGAUUAUCCUGCGAAUUGCCAUCAGUCGGCCGCAUCAACAGGGUAACCUGCCGUUUGCAAAGCCACCGACAGUUAAAAAGUGGUGAGAAGGAAACUUGCGGGUGGGCGAGCUGGAAAAUUUUCACUGAAAAGUGCGCCAUCACCUUCUUCGAAUGGCCCGUUGCAGAAUAUUCCCAGUCGAUGCUUUGGAUGCAGCCUACCUCUUAAUGUGCCCAGAGACAUUCGUCGAACUUUGCCUGUCGACAGAGUUGGGAUUGCCCUCCUACUCUUCUUGCUCCCCCACCCCCACCUCAUCCGCCGUCUAUCCCCCCCUUCUCAUCGUCAUCAUCGCAAAUCAUCAUGUUGUUACCUGAUCAACCCCGUCCCCCUUUCAAACGAAGUUGCUAAACCUGGAAAAGUGCCAACAGUGCCCUUUUGGCACCGUGGAAACAACACAUACAGUUUUUUCGACUAACGUAAUAGCUUAAUUAUGUUUUCAGAACAGGAAAUGUAAAACUGUGCUGCGCUGUGUGCGAAGUAAUAGGGCCGUCAUUAUGCAGUGAAAGCCCCCCGUAGGGCUCCUAUGGAAUGCAGGCAAGAAGGCUUACAAAGUCUACUUUUCACCGGUGAUAGAUGUCGAUUGAAACAAGCGCAUAAUGAAUGACUGAAAAAUACAAAGAUAUCGGUUCGCAGGUUUGCACCUGCUGGAUGUUUUGGUAAGAUGUGGUUUGGUAGCCCCACCUGAUGGACACAAUACUGUUGGGAUUUGGGUUAAGGGUUAUUGUUAGUGAUUAAAGUUAGGGGUUAGGGUUAGGGGUUGGCGCAAGUAUUUCUCGACCAUUCAAAGUACGACCGCGCAUUCCUAAUAGCUUUUCUUUUGCAUACGACUACUUCAACUCGUCGUCUGUGCGUCCCCCGACCCCACCUGUAAAAACCCCUAUUACCACCGGUCCCGCAUUAGAGGUAAGUGGGGUUUGUUUGCUUCAGGUGCGGCUACAUAAUCACAUCUGACCGAGGUUUUACAGUAGAUUUCCUUCCCAUGGUAUGGGAUACGCCUCCGACUCUAAAGUUAAUGAAACAAAAUACCUGGCCUGGUUUUGGCAAGUGAACUGUCUUCUAUCGUACAACAGCGAAAGCGUUGGAAGACUUACGUGAUUAUAGAAGUGACCGCGAUUAUCUCUUGCGAGUUUCCGUCUAGACUUGUGCGGUAACAAUAGCAUCGGAUGGAUUGCACAUCCCUGAUGAAGUGCGCAGAGCAACUGUCUCUGGCUAAAUUCAAAACUAAAUUCUACACAUUCCAUAUUGUUAGGGCAGCCGAGCACCUGUUGGAAUUCAAUGGAGUCCUGCUGACAGACCAACGUGGACAUCCGACAAUGUUUUUUCGUGCAGCUCCACCCAUAACCUUGUCACAAACUGCCCUCCAUCGUCACACACCUUGGGCUCUCGUGCGAAUCAAAAGGCCCGAUCGCCUCCCUGUUCCAUAACCCCUCGUGUCCACGCUUCCGUAGCCAUUAGUACUUUCAAAUCCUGGACGUAGCGUAUGGCUAUAAAUACGAUGCCGUUGAGCAGGGAACCUAGUUGGUUGUUCCAUCUCUAUAAAUUUGUGGAAUAAGCUGGUUUGUACACUCAAAUUGAUCGCCUUGUCAAGCUAGUGUCUGCUGAGAAAACGCCAGACCAACCCUGUUCUCCUUGCCAGGAAACAUGCAACUCAGGUCCUGAUUUUAUCUCCAUACUCCUCGUGAUGACCUCGGUUCAGGCUCUAGGUUGUUCAUUUACAGGUGGUCUGGGAGGGGCUGCGGAAGGUAGUCAAAGGUGGCUCAUCCGGCAGGCGACAAAGACCGCAAGCGAGCUGGCGACUAAGUCAAUUUCCCUUCCCCCUUCAUGGGCCAACUUAUAUAAUCGUAGAUGUACACUAUCAGCACUAUAAUUGUACACUCUGAGCAUAACAUGAGAGCCGUUAAUUUUUCGCUCUCACAGCACUUUCAAAAGUUGAAAGUAGUUUCCUUUACUGUGUCAUUCCACUAUGUUACUUAUUUGUCUUGUCAACGGAUUUUGGAAUCUAAGUAUCUUAAAGGAAGGAUUUACGGUUUGUUUUACGUCGCUUUACUCUGAUUCGUCUUGCGUGGUAUUUGGACUUUCCGUGUUGGUGCCUUAUCUACCUGGGGAGGGUUGUAAGGGGGCUUAUUAUUUAUUUGAGGGUAUAAAAAGUUGUGGACAAAAAUAUAACUGCCAUCUAAAUAAUGGAAAGGGAGACCCCAAAGCAGGUCGAAUUUAGUCAUGUCGGUCCUACAGAGUGUUGUUUCCUGUUCACUUAUCUGUGAUUCUUGGUUACAAAUUUCCCAGGAACUUAAUGCUACCUAUAGCUUUGAACGGAAUUCAAUGACUACACACGGUUAUCGUCAGUGUUGUAUAAUCCAUGAAGAAUUCUGUGGCAGUUUUAUGUGCCUCUCUCGACAUUUUCAGAUGAUAUUUUGGGUAUUCUAACGCCUUUUUUCCUUUUAUAAUUUCUAGGAAAGCUGGUAUCCCUGAAAAAUACUUACUCCAGGUCGAACGGAAAUGCGGCUUCAAAGCUUGA